AUGACGGCUGCAGCAGCGGGAUGGGGGGCACCCCCUGAGCCCCCGGGCUGUGGGGUGAGCUCCGUGCUGCUCCUGGCCCUGCUGGGGCUCCUGGGCAUUCCUGUGGCUCACGGUGACUGCGGGCCCCCGCCUGCCAUGACCCACUCCAGCCCCUCCAGCAGCGCCAGCAGCUUCCCGGUGGGAUCCAGGGUGACGUUCAGCUGCUCGGGGGGAGCCCGCAGGAUCCCGGGCAUGCCCGACACCGUGGAGUGCCUGCCCGGCGACAUCUGGUCCAGGCUGGCCGAGCCCUGCGGCCGGAGCUGUGCUGCCCCAACCAGGCUGAGGUUUGCUGCCCUGUCCAAGGAGGAUGAGAGGAGGAAUUUCUUCCCCGUUGGCACCAACGUGAGCUACGUCUGCCGGCCCGGCUACGAGAACUCCUCGGAGAUUUCCCCCUCCAGCACCUGCCUGGAGAACCUGACGUGGUCCCAGCCUGCCGAGCUGUGCAGGAGGAGGUCCUGUGGCAGCCCAGGAGCUCUGCCUGGAGGGAGGAUGGGGCCCCUGAGGGACCUGCAGCUGGGAGCACGGGUGGAGGUGUCCUGUGAGGAUGGGUACAAAUUAGUCGGGAAUAAUUUCAUCUGGUGCCAGCUGAAAGGAAACGAUGUUGAAUGGAGCAAACUUCCAACUUGUGAAUUAAUUACCUGCCCUCCACCUCCUCCAAUCAGCCACGGGAGACACGAUGGGGAAGGAAUUGAGAUUUUUGCUUACAACUCCACGGUGACCUACAGCUGUGAGCCCAACUUCCAGCUGGUGGGGAAUGGGAGCAUCCAGUGUGGGAGCAGGGACAAAACCAGCGGGGUCUGGAGUGGAGCCACACCCGAGUGCAAAGGGACUGUCUGCAUCAAUCCAAUCGUAGCCAAUGGAAGGCAAGUUGGUGGCCACGGGCUCCUCUCUGCCCCCGGACAAAUGGUGACAUUCCGGUGCCACGAUGGGUACAGCCUGCAGGGCAGUGCCAGCCUGUCGUGCCAGGAGGAUGGCAGCUGGCAGCCCCCUGCUCCUGUGUGUGACAGAGCACUGCCCCACCACUCCUCCUUCACCAGGUCCCCAGGGAAACAGUGCAGUCACCCAGGUGAGCCUGUGCAUGGCAGGAUUAUUUCCCUGACAAAUCUGCAGCUUGGCUCUACAGUGGUUUACAGCUGUGAGGAAGGCUCUUAUAAUGUGAAUUCACAAAAGCAGGAGGUGAAGGGAAGGGAUACAGGGAUGCACCUGGAGGUUACAGAUGAGAAGAAGCUCCCCAAGCUCUGGAAUUCCUAUUUUUGCCACACAGGGAAGUGCCACGUGUGUCCCAGCUGUGAGGAGCAGCUCCACAGUGCCCUGGCCCCUCUCUCAGAGCCCCCACAGCACGGCUGUGCCGCCUGCCAGGACUGGCUGAGCUCCCAGCCCCAAAAACCCCGCAGCUACUCGGUGCCCAGCGUGGGUGAUGGGGACAGUCAGAGCCCAGCAGGCACCAGUGACCACAUCUGUCCCACCUGUGAGAGCUGGCUGCGUGCCCACACGGGCCAGGGGGACAGCAGGGCUGUGACACCGGGGGAGUGGCAGCACAAGGGCCCCCAGGGCCCCGUCUGCCCCCCCUGCACGGACAGACAGCUCCUGUCCCUCAUCCACGGGGACACAGCCAGCAGCCCCGUGUGCCCCCUGGCCGGGGAGGGCUCCCCAGCCCACCUGGUCCCUCCGCACAGCCCCAGCUGCCACCUGUGCCCCGUGUGCUCGGUGCCCAGCCACGCUCACCUGUGCCAGCCCCAGCGCCUGGCACCUGACGGGGACUGUGGGCCGCUGCCGAACAUCAGCCACGCUGAGCCCCGGGGGGAUGCCAAACAUCAGCAGAGCUUCAGUGUGGGCUCCACAGUGACUUUUGCCUGCGUCCCGGGUUACACCAAGCUCCCCCUUUUCUCUAACACCAUCCAAUGCCUGUCGAACUCCCGCUGGUCCAGCCUGCCAGAGUUCUGCGGCCGCAGCUGUCCCACACCCAGAUCUGUGCAAUUUGCUGCGCUAUCACCAGAAGACAAAAUGCAGAAUUUUUACGCUGUUAACACCACGGUGAGGUACAUCUGUCGCCUAGCUUAUGAAAACACCACAGCCCAGCCCCCCACCAGCACCUGUUUGGACAACUUAACGUGGACAGAAGUUCCUGAACUGUGUCAGAAGAAAUCUUGUGGUAUUCCAGCCAAUCCAGAACAUGGCCAAGUCAUCCUAAAAGAUAUCCUAAAAGAUCAUCUGCUGGGUGGAACGGCCAGAGUGGUUUGUGACCAUGGGUACAGACUAAAGGGAGCAUCACCUUCCAUCAGGUGUCUCCUAGAGGGCAACAAAGCUGUCUGGAGUCCUCUUCCAGCUUGUCAGGUGAUCUUCUGUCCCCCUCCUCCAGCCAUCCCUCACGGGCAGCACAGUGGCAACAGCUCGGGGGAGUUCGUGCUGGGCUCCGUCGCAACCUACACGUGUGAGCCGGGGCUGGAGCUGNGCCCCAGCAUCUUCCAGGGCUCAGAGGCGAACUGUCCCGUCCCACAGAUCCAGCACGGGAGGAUCGUGGCUGCCCGGGCUGCCUAUGCACACAGGGACACCGUGACCUUCCAGUGUGACCCAGGCUAUGCCAUUCGUGGCCACAGAGAGAUCCAGUGCCAGCCAAACAACACCUGGGAGCCACCUGUGCCCGUCUGCGAGCAGGCUGGCUGCAGAGCCCCUGGCAGGCUGGGCUUUGCCGAGCUCAAGGAGCCCUACAGGAACCAGACGCUGUUUCCUGAGGGGAGCAGGGUGGAAUUCGAGUGCCAGCCUGGCUACAGCCAGCUCCUGGGGGUGUCACCAGCCAUCACCUGCCUCAGCAACCAGACCUGGUCUGCAGUGCUGGAGUUCUGUAAAAAGAAGCAGUGCCCCAACCCAGGGAACCCAGAGAAUGGCAGAGCUGUUGUCCUGACAGAUCUCCUCCUCGGGUCCAAAAUCAAUUACGCUUGUGACAAAGGGUACAAGCUGGUGGGAGGCUCCCAGAGAAUUUGUGAGGUCUCUGGCACACAUGUCUCGUGGAGUGGGGAUCCUCCUGUCUGCCAGGGUGUCACCUGCGCUGCCCCUCCGGCCAUCCCCAAUGGGACACACAGCGGGGGCUCCAGGGCCACCUUCUCCCUUGGGGACGUGGUCACCUACACCUGUGCCUCGGGGCUGGCCCUGGCUGGAGACUCCUCCCUGUCCUGCACCUCUGGGGACGGGGAGCGUGGCACGUGGAGUGGGACAGUGCCACGGUGCCAAGAGGUGAGGUGCCCUGCCCCGCCGAGCAUUGCCAACGGGCAGCACGGUGCCAGCCCCGGGGCCAGGCACAGCCCGGGCUCCGUGGUGCUCUACACCUGCGCCGAGGGCUAUUCCCUGCUGGGCAACGCCUCCAUCCGCUGCACGGCCCGGGGCACCUGGAGCCGGCCCCAGCCCCGCUGCCGAGCAAUUGGCUGCACCAGGCCAGAGAUCGAGAAUGGAAAAGUGGCUGGGUCAGAGAGCACCUACAACCUGGAGGACACCAUCAUCUUCGAGUGCAACUUAGGUUAUGCCUUGAAGGGCUCUCAGGAGUCCCAGUGCCAGUUUGGGGGCAAGUGGCACCCUCCUGUCCCCACCUGUGAGAAGUUGCCACCGUGUCCUUCCCCUCCAACUAUCAGGAACGGCCAGCACGACAGCAAGGGGGUGGCAGAGUUCAUCCCUGGCAUGGCAGUGAGGUACCACUGUGACCCAGGCUACCUCCUGGCUGGGAAAAGCACCAUUUCCUGCUUGCCAUCGGGAGUCUGGAGCAUCCCUUACCCCCGGUGUGAAGUGAUCACCUGCAGCAGCCCCAGCAUCAAGGACGGGGAGGUGGCUGAGGGCCGGAGGGCUGUGUACCACCCUGGGGACAACGUCACUUUCCAGUGCCACCCAGGCUUCGUGCUGAGGGGCAGCCGUGGGGCCAAGUGCCAGCCUGACAGCCGCUGGGUGCCCGCUGUGCCCACCUGCCAGCCAGUGCGGCCCUGCCCUCCGCCCCCCGUCAUCGCCCACGCCACGCUCAGCGCCGAGCCCGGGACCAACUUCACCAGUGGCACCUCCGUGAGCUACAGCUGCCAGCCUGGCUUCACCCUGCUCGGGGACCCCUCGGUGCUGUGCACGGCCUGGGGCAACUGGAGCCUUCCCUACCCUCGCUGUGCAGGGAAGCAAUGUAGCCACCCAGAACCCCCCAGGAAUGGCAGAGUUGUUGUUCUGACAGAUCUCCUUUUUGGGUCAACCGUGAGCCACACGUGUGACGAAGGGUACAGGCUGGUUGGAGAGUCCCACAGGAGAUGUGAGAUUUUGGGACGAGAUGUUGCCUGGACUGGUCUGCCUCCCAUCUGUAAAAGGGUGCUGUGCCCAGCCCCACAGGUCCAGAAUGGCAGGGUGGCUGUCCCCAGGCCCCGCUACACCUACGGGGACUCUGUCACCUUCAAGUGCCACAGAGGCUUCACCCUGCGAGGCCACCCCACAUCCCAGUGCCAAGGGGACAGGAGGUGGCACCCACCUGUGCCUGUCUGUGAGCAGGCUGUGAAGUGUCCGCAGCCUCCGAGCAUCACCAACGGGAGGCUGAAAGGGAACGCCUCUGCCACCUUUCCCCGGGGAGCCGCGGUGUCGUACAGCUGCGAUCCCGGGUACUCGCUGGUUGGGAACGCUUCCAUCAGCUGCACGGGCUCGGGGGCCUGGAGCCAGCCCCUCCCGCAGUGCAAAGAGAUCAGAUGUGAAUUCCCGGAUGUGCAAGGUGUUAAAAAAGAUAUUAAAGGAAGUACUUAUCGCUCUGGCACUAACAUCACUCUUGAAUGUGACGAUGGUUACGUGCUGGAAGGCAUCAGUCACACGCAGUGCCAAGAGGAUUUCAGCUGGGACCCUCCCGUGCCCGCCUGUAAACUGAGGCGGGCCGCGCAUGCGCACCCGGCCCCGCGCUGCGUCUCCGGCGGCGCCGGGAGGGAGCGGAGCGGCCGCAGCCCCGGCCCCGCUGCGGGCAUGGGGCGGCUCUCGGUGCUGCCAGCGCUGCUGUUCGUGCUGCUGCUGUGGCAGCUCGGCGGAGCCCGGGCUCAGGGCUCGUGUCCCAAGCCAGAGCGGCAGCAGAAUGCAGAGCUCGACGAGAGCUCCAGGGAUCUCCAAGAUUUUCCACCUGGGACCAAAAUCUCCUUCACCUGCCGGCCAGGAUACAUUAGGGUCCCAGGGAAGUCGCUGACCUGGACAUGUGGUAAUAACUUGCAGUGGUCACAAACAAGCGUUUUCUGUACAGCAAGAAAAUGUAAAUACCCAGGACCCUUGGAAAAUGGUUAUUUUGAUGCAAGAGAUCUUACAUUUGGUUCAAAAUUGACAUUUCGUUGUAAUGAAGGAUACAGAUUAAUAGGUAAGGAAGAGAUUUCCUGUGAUAUCAAGAAUGGAGGUGUUGACUGGAGUGGAACUCUGCCUUACUGUGAAAUAAUUCCUUGUGAGCCACCUCCCCAAAUAGCCAACGGGGAGUACGAGGAGAGAGGCAGCUACGUGUACCAGAGCUCAGUGACCUACAGGUGCCUGGAUGUCCCCAAGGACAGCGAUCCCUUCUCCCUCAUUGGCUCAGACACCAUUUACUGCACAUCUGAUGCAAACUCAAACGGAGUUUGGAGUGGGCCACCUCCAGAAUGUCGAGUGGUCAAAUGUGAAGACCCCAGAGUUGAAAAUGGGAGAAAAAUGUCUGGAUUUGGACUUCCCUACAGAUACAAGGACUCAGUUGUGUUUGAGUGUAAUCAAGGCUAUUUCAUGGUUGGAGCACAGGUAAUUACCUGUGAAGCAAAUAACAUCUGGGUUCCUCCACAACCAACCUGUGAGAAACUUACUCCAGAGAUGUGCCUUGCCCCGAAGAUCCCCAAUGGGGCCCUGAUUCCAGCCAAAGGUGCCUAUGCAAAAGGAGAGGCUGUGCAGAUCAGGUGCAAUGCUGGCUGCUCCUUCCCUGAUGGCUCUGCAGAGGUGACAGUGACCUGUCAAGAACAGAGUUCCUGGGGUGCUUUACAGCACUGUUCCUGUGAGUCUGAAGGUUCUGGUUCCACACCAGUCAUAAGUCAUGGGAGAGUGAUAGAAGGAGAAAAACCUUCCUACUCCGUGGGGGAUUUCAUUACCAUUGAAUGUUACCCGGGGUACACCUUGCAUGGGGAGGCUCGGAUUCAGUACAUUGGGAACAACCAGUGGGUGCCAGCUGUGCCAACCUGCCAGCUCAGUGAGUCUGAAGGUUCUGGUUCCACACCAGUCAUAAGUUAUGGGAGGGUGAUAGAUGGAGAAAAACCUUCCUACUCUGUGGGGGAUUUCAUUACCUUUGAAUGUUACCCGGGGUACACCUUGAAUGGGGAGGCUCGGAUUCAGUACAUUGGGAACAACCAGUGGGUGCCAGCUGUGCCAACCUGCCAGCUCAGUGGAUAUAUUAUAGCCAUCAUCUGUGUGAUUGUGAUAGCUGUGGUGCUCCUGGCAGCCUUCUGGAUCUACAAGAAAUUCUUCUCACAGAAUGGGUCUGGUGCUGCGUGGGUCAGCUGUGGACAAAUGUGCUCUGACUCGCACUGGGAGCCAGUCCUCGGUGUGGAGCACUUGGUGUGGCAGAGCACGGCCUGGGUUGAGUGCAGGCAGAUCAGGAGCUGCCCUGCUCAGGAAAAGUGAUAUUUGUGCCUAGGAGAUGGCUCUGGAGAGGCCACUGCUGUUAUGGGCAGCAAGAACAGGUACUUCCUUCACGAGUUUAAAGCAUAAGGGGGAUAUUUCUUUCCUUUAUUAGACCGCAAUAAAAGCUCCACAUUACAAUCCUGAAUUGAAGGUAGCCUAUUCCUUCAGUCCUACUCUUGCAGCCUUACAAAUGGAGUUAAAAGCCAGACACUCUGUGUCUGAAACCCCCCAAAACCCCAAGGCAGGCUGAACCCUGGGACAGGAUGGGGGUAAAAGCCUGUGCAGCUUUGUGUCCCUUUUGACUGUGAGCAGUGGGACAGUCAGGCCUGCUGGGUUUGAGUCACUGAUGACAAUUCCUGCUAAGGGGAAUCUGUCAGAGCACUCUGCAGUGUCUGUUUUAGCAUGGUGACCAUUAGAGGCGUGCUUAGAUAUUAGUGCUGUAGUUCCCCAUCUUGUGAUCCCCCUGCUUAUCUGAAAUUGCUUUGACUUGCCUGGAGUCAUCCAAUUCUCCAGCUUUGCUCUCAGGAGAGUUCCUGGGCAAACCCUGAGCCUGUUUGGAGGGCACAGGAACUGCUGAACCCCUGGAUCCUGUGGAGAAUUCCAGAAUUCACAGGGAACAGUGAGGUGAAACUGGGCAAACUCAAGAAGAGCACUGCACUUGCAUGGCUGAGGUCAGGGAAGGGCAGUAGGAAAGAAAACUCAUCAAAUUUAGCCCUACACAGCCUGAGUGAGCAGCACAUUGCAAAACUCGCUCCACUCAAACAAAUGAUCCACCUAAGCAGCUGCAACCAGAAAGGCCAUUUUCUAUUCCUAACUCCUGUACCUAAGCAUCACUUUGGAAUGUAAAGUACUGAUUGCAGGGCUUGAAAGCUCUCACAGGGAGAUGAUUGUUGUGAUUUGUACAGUCAGUUCAGGAACAUGGUGUUCCCCCAACACCACCGCUCCAGCUCCUCCAGGUAAUGGCAAGAGAAGCCAUAUUUUUCUUUUGUGUCAUUCUAGAGACAAAAGAAUGUCCUGUGCCAGGGAGGAGCAUAAGGAAACAAACCCAGCCAGCUGUUCACUGAAGUAUAACCUGCCUUUAACCCAGACAGCUGAAAACAAGCCUUUAGUUUAACACUGCCCGCUGUACAAGGACCUGGCAAAACAGCUGGAGAGAAGCACUGCCCUAACACUCCUGGCUGACUCCCCCAGGCACACGAGCUGCUGGUCUGUCCCUGUUCCCAGGGUUUCCAUCAUUCCAUCCCUGAAAUGUCAAAAGUCCAGGAGCCACUGUCGGUGUUUAAGAAGCAUUUGGGCUGGAGAUCCAAAUGCAGACCCAGUGGCUGCUGUUGGGCUCCUGAGCGCCGUGAGUGUUUGUGGGGGGAGCUGCAGAGAUGAGGCUCACUCAGAAAUAGCUCUUCCUUGGAAAGCUGGAGGGCUGAAUCACAGUGUGUUGGCUCAGUUUUUAGCAGACGAGCCAUCACAUCUGCCUCCCUGUAGGCGAGGAGCCGUCACUGGCAGCGGGAUUGGCAGCCAGGUUCUGUCCCUUUGGAAACCAGGCAGUGAUGAUGAGGAAGGCGAAGGCUCAUCGUGGGCAGGGUCAGGAGGUGGGCUGGCAGCUCUGGGAGCAGGAGGGCUCUGCUCCCCUGUCCCUCUCUGUGCACAGAACGUGCCCCCAGGUUGAACUUUGGGCACUAAGUAAGUUCUUUGGCUCACAGGCAUUAACCACUGCUCUGCUGCUGGGAGGCUGAGACAGCCCUGAGCAUAUCCAUGGCUGGUGUUGUCCUGAGACAGCUGAAAAUAGGAGUGAGAUGGGCAAAUAGGAACACCAGGGAAAAAUGGGGAAACCUGGGAGGGGACAAGACAGCUCCUGAGCUAGGUACUUGAAACUGAAAGCACCUGAGGGUUUCAGUGCCCUGCAGAGCCCAUCUGAUAGCCACAGAAAUACAAAUGUACAUGGAGGUUUUCUUCCUAGAACAGAGUGGGAGCCCUUAAAUACAUGUCACUCCUGGUUCCCAGCAGUCCGGAGGAAGUCUUGGGGGAAAAGGGGAUGAGGGAACUAGUGGAAAGUUUUUGGAGCUAGCAAAGAAACAAAUUAGAGAAAUGGAUUUUAAAAUCUUUUAGAGACAUGGGAUUUUUUUUUGGAGCUACAGUUUUGGGCUCAGUACCCCCACUACUGCAGUAAUGUUAAUUUUCAGGCCUCCCCUCCAGGUUCAGGCAUGGGCACAGUUGCAAGAGAAGUAGAUUGGGAGUUCCUGAACCAACUGGUUGCUGACCAUGAGUCAGGGGAAUGACCUUGCAGCAGGCGGCUCACGGUGCCGCUCUCGGAGCCGUGCCAGGAUAAACGGCACUGGCAUCUCUGAGUGCUGGUGGAACCAUUUUGUGACAUUCCAGCUUGGCCUUGUCUCCUGCUGCCUUUGCACCGAAAUUGUUUGGGUGGGUGGGAAUGGGAUAAAGUAUUCCUUUUUUUCCUCAUAGCCUGGGCUUGGGACUGUCUAAAUACAGAGAUAAAGGGGAUAUGGACAACUCUUAUCUCCUGCCCACAUCCUUGUCCAUUAACAUCAGCAUUACAGAUAUUUAACCAAAUUAAAUCUUACUCUCCCCCCCAGCCAUACCCAUAUUAAACUGUAAGAAAACACCAUGACAAAGUUUAAAAAAUCCUACGCAGCAGCACUGAAUUUUCUGGAUGGGUCUGGGAGAGAUUUGUCAGAGGAGAGAGGGUAGAACACUUGGCAUUUAGACGUUUUAAUGAAUGUUCCCAAAUAAGAAAAGAAAAACAUUUGCUUGUAGACUCUAAGCUUCUCACAGCAUCAGAAAGCUCCUGACACAGAGCCCAGUGCUGUAUUUGUAUAACAUGGAAAUGAACAGCAGCAGCAGCAGAGCUGCAGGCUCCGAGCCUGCUCUGUGAGCAGCAAAAUGGCCAGGGGUGCUGGGGCUCAUCCGAAUUCUGUCACCAUUUGGGGGGUCACUAGGUGGACCUGAUACCCCUGACCCUUCAGAUAUAGUUUCAACUCUAACAUCAGUAUGAAAUGAAUAUUUCUAAUCAUAUUCAAGCUUGUGCCCCCAUCAGCUCCACUCCCUAAAGCACCGACAGGAACCAACAGCAAAAUUCGUCUGCGUCACAGAUGUAACAUGACCAUCGGCAAAACAAGAGCAGGAGGAGAUCAUGGCUGUCUCGUCCCUCACAGAGCCUUCCUUCACUAGCACACAAGAAGAGGUAAUGCUUUUAAAUUUAUACCCUGGGCAUGUGAAAUCCUGCCCUUCCUUCCCCGAGUCCCGCGGUCCCCGAGCGGUCAGAACGCCCGAGAAAACUGCGUGUGUUUUGUCGGCGUGGUACCGAACGCUGCGUCACGAUGCUGCACCAAGGCCCAGGCAGAGCAAACCCCACUCCCCAGAGCAGGGAAACCCAGAUACAGGAACAUGAAUCAGCUCAUGCAGUGUCACACACACAAGUGUCAGAGGGAGGGAGAAAUCACAGCUUUCCCCAGUCCUUUUGCGGCACUGUGCGGAAAACGAUCGCGGAACGUUACCCAGGUACAGCUCACGGUGACAGUGCCACCCCUGUGCACAUAAUCACUGCUGUCCUACAGAAAUAUGCCGUGUCCCCUUCUUAGCCUUGUUUCCUGCCAGUCCCACAGAUUUACCUGCUGACAGUAACCUCAAUUCCUGAGUAAUGAGAUUUACAGCUGGAGUUUAACAUUGAAAUAACUCCUCUUACAUCCGUCUCCUUACCCUCUCUGCGUUUAGGCACAGUUAAGCCAUCGCUGUGGCCAAAACGUGAUGUCAAAAAGAAUUAAACCAAAUACAUCCUUGUGCUGAAGACACUCAGCAGCCAGUGGCACCUCCUUGAAAGCCAUGAAACAACAGCACCAGCUUUACAAAGUCAGGGCUUCUCCACCCCACAA